GUCACAAUACCAACGCGCUGCCGUGUUGUUUUUGUGUUCCCAGCUUUCGAGAAAAGCCGCUGGGAUUUCUCUACCUGGCCGGCCCUACCUGCGUCCGAGGGGACCCAAAAUCCCUUCUGAAAGCUCUGCCAAGCUGCGUUGCGACGGGAGCUGACAUUUCUCAGGCAGUUCUGAUACCCAUCGGAACUUGGCAGAGGGAAGCGAGACCGGACAGACGCAGCCAUCCUCGAGGGAGGCAGGCCCCGUCUGGGGAUCUUCGAAACCCUGCGGUCCAUCAUGAAGUUCCAGUAUAAGGAGGACCAUCCCUUUGAGUAUCGGAAAAAGGAAGGAGAAAAGAUCCGGAAGAAAUAUCCGGACAGGGUUCCCGUGAUUGUGGAGAAGGCUCCUAAGGCCAGGGUGCCUGAUCUGGACAAGAGGAAGUACCUAGUGCCCUCUGACCUCACCGUUGGCCAGUUCUACUUCCUAAUCCGGAAGAGGAUCCACCUGAGGCCUGAGGACGCCUUAUUCUUCUUUGUCAACAACACUAUCCCUCCCACCAGUGCCACCAUGGGCCAGCUGUAUGAGGACAACCACGAGGAAGACUAUUUUCUGUACGUGGCCUACAGUGACGAGAGUGUCUAUGGGAAGUGAGUGCCGGAAGCACAGCAGAUGGGAGCACGUGGACUCGGGGGUAGGGGGAGGGGGUGUGUGUGAGACUUGGGGAAGGAGAGGGAGGGCUCCCACCACGGAGGAGACAGAAGGGGAAGACCUCUGGAAACACUACACCGCACACACCGUCAUCAUAUUUUCACAUGCUCAAUUGAUACUUUUCGCUGCUUCCUCGGCCCAGGGAGAAAGCAUGUCAGGACAGAGCUGUUGGCUUGGCUUGGAUAGAAGAACGGAGAUGGUUUAAUUUUCACACUUUGGAAUGAACUUCUGUGUGACCUCAUAGAAGAGGCAGGAGGCGGGCAAACAGGCCAGAGAUGAUUGGGGACCACCAGUACCUUCCUGCUCUCCCUCCUCUUUGGGCAGAGAUUCUAUUUUUGACAUUUGCACAAGAUAGGUAGGGAAGGAGCUGCGGAUGUGUUAGAUCAUUCCUAGGGACCAAAAGAGACUCAUUGUAGUUAAAACAUUGUGACCCUGAUCUCCUGUCUCCACACCUCCCCAUCCUAGUCGGAAUCUCUACCACCCACAUCACAGUACCACCCAGGGGUGCUGAUAGAUAGACAUCAGGCAGAUAGCGCUUUCUCCCCACUGGAAAACGGGCCAGGCACGAGGGACGUAACGGUUAUGAAUAUAGUUUCAAUAGCGUUAAACUGGAAUUGAUGAAGUUGAGCAGCUCUGUCUAACCUGCUCUCUCUCUGGUGCCCCUUAUCCCAUACCUCCCUUGGGCUUUAAUGAGCCACAACCGUUUCCAGUUUUGGGCUACCACCCCUCCUUCAGCAUCUCCCAGACACUUCGCUCCAUGUAUAUGGACUGCAGUGUCUUUAGUAUGGAAGGGGGUAGGAGGCGAGACUGAUGGUCCACACCUCCCACUCAGCUGGGAUUCUUGCUCCCUUGUUGCUGUCCCUUGAGUCCCAUGCACACAGAAAUGCUAAGAGAUGGCCAGCUGCUUCCUUCCUUUGGUUUUCGUCUUUACUGCAGCUGCUAGUUAGGAAAGUUUGAGCUGAUGACUUCAUAGUUCAUGGGGAUUCUGUUGAUUCCGAGUAUUUUCACUUUAGGGGUUAUAGGGGUGGGGGUGGGGAGCAGGAGUGCACCCAGUCAUGACAUUUCAGUUCAUCUCUGCUAAUGAAAAGGGUCCUUCCUGUGGGUGAAAUCUGUGUCAGUUCUGUCAGCUGCAGAUUCUUGUAUAAUGAAGUGUAUGCUGUCAGGCCAAGGAAAUAAAAUAAUUGCAUACCUUGAAAACCAA